CUUGCUGCUGUUUUCCAGAUAUCUUGCUGCUGUUUUCCAGAUAUCUUGUUGCUGUUUUCCAGAUAUCUUGCUGCUGUUUUCCAGAAAUCUUGCUGCUGUUUUCCAGAAAACUUGUUGCUGUUGUGCUGCUCUAUCAUUGGUGAGAUGAGCGUACAAGACUUAGCUGACGAAAUGCGCGAAACUUUCGUCGUCGGUAAUCGGGUAAGCGUCGGAGGCCAUUUCGCCACCCUCAGAUUUAUAGGCGAGCUAGAGGAUCAAAGCGGAACUUGGUUUGGCAUUGAAUGGGACGAAAAAGAGCGGGGAAAACAUAAAGGAGACUACAAGGGCAAGUCGUACUUCACCUGUCAGGAUCCAUCUGGGUCGGCUUCGUUCGUCCGGGAGAAACACCUGAAGCGAGGAAUCGGAGUGUUGGAAGCGAUCUCAAUACGCUACAUGCCAAUCGGGAAAAUAGACGACAGUCCGGACGUAGUGAAUUUCUUCAAUAUGGGAGGAAAGGAAAUCCAGUUUUACAACAGAAGCAAAGAUGGAAAGUGCCAUGUGCCGAAAGAUCAAGCCUGGAACCUCUAUCAGACAGAUCUGGAUCUCUCCGCUUAUCCUGUUUCCUUUUUGGAAGGAGGUCCCGCCCAUUUGUCAUCAAUUUUUCCCCGAGUGACUUACGUAAACAUCAGUAAAACUCUGAUAGAAGAUAUAAACGUGCCAUUACAAAUUCUAACAGGGCUCCAUAACUUGAAAAGUAUAAACAUUUCCUUCAAUCAGUUUAGAGUCAAAACUCCAGAUUACAAGUGCCUGAAACAGUUUCCAAGAGUUCAAAAAUUUCACUGCGAUGCUGUUAAUUUAACUUUCGAAGAGUUCGUCAAGUUGACAGACCUGUUUCCGAACUUAAUAACAGGAUCUUUUGCGUUAAACCGAAUAUCAACUUUGUCGGUGCCUCCCAAGGGUAGCUUAGAGAAAUUGGAAAAGAUGGCGCUUCAACAAUGCGAACUUUCUGACUGGGCUGAGGUCCAAAAGUUGGCACAUUUACCGAAUCUACAGAUGAUAAAUUUGCUGGACAACAAAAUCAAAAGAAUUGACGUACCACACGAACAGUCGCAAAUUGGUUUUGCUUAUCUGCGAAUGCUGAUUGUCGCAGGAAACAAAAUAGAGAAUUGGAAAGAUUUUAGUCGGCUUGCGUUUCUGCCGAAGCUAUCCAAUCUACUUCUAUAUGAAAAUCCCCUGUGUGACUUGAACGUGCAAAGAUUUCGGGAUGAAAUCAUUUCACGACUGCCGCAUCUGCAAUUAUUCAACAAGACAGAUAUUUUAAAAGAGGAAAGAAAGUCCGCCUCCAUUUUGUACAUUAAAUUAUAUUAUGAUGACUGGUUAAAAGCUGGCGGCCUAAACACACCUGAAAAUUUGGACAGGGAUAAAAUUGACAAGUCAUUUAUGGAGUUGCAUCCAACAUACUUUGACUUGUUUAAAAAGAUCGGCGACGGGAUUGUCCCGACGAAUAACACAAAUGAUAAAAUCAAAUCUCAGCUACUGAAAGUGCACAUUGUAUCGCGCAAGAGGAAUGCAAAAGGGGAAAUUUCAGAUGAAAAAACGCUGUCUCAGAUCAAGCUUUUGAGCUCAAUGACAGUUGGUAAAAUCAAAUUGCUCAUUAGUCGGUUGCUUAAAGUGGCGGCUUCUCAUCCCAUGGAGCUGUCUUACAGACCUCACCAACACCCGGACAGCGAGUACUCUCUGGAAUCCGACUUGAAAACACUCUCGUUUUACUCGGUAGAAGACACGGACACUAUAGUGGUAGAAUUACCUCUGUGAAGCGAGCGAACGUUAAAACUAACGAUAAUCUUAUAGAAAUCGGACAACGAAUUGUACAUGAUUAGCUAUAUAAUUAAAAGUAAAGUAAUGCACAAUGUUUAAUUAAAUUCAGAAUUAUUCAGGUUAUACCAAGUUAUGUCAAAGGCUUCAGAUAAAUUUGAAAUAAAAUGGAGUUCAGAUUUUUUGCGGUCAGCUUUCAUUAUCAUUGUUAAUGUAAAUAUGUUUCAUACAUUCAUAUUUUAGCAUACAUUUUCCAGCGCUGUUUUAAUGAAUAGAAAUUGCAAUAUUUCCACUAAACUACUUUACAAAUCAAUUAAAACAAAAUUCCGUUGUCAGAAUUUGUCAAAGCAAGCCGGAUUUCAAAAACAUACAAGAGCAUUUUUUCAGGAACACACUAUGAACAAUACACACAUGAAAGUUCGGAAAAAUUUCUUUUUGGCCAAUUCAAUUGAAAUGCUAGAUCUCAAAUGCAACCUUUAAAAAGACCCUAUUUCGCCAAAA